UUAGGGCAACAAAUCUCAGCCUGGUCGAGUCAUUUUGGGACGAAGUCUCCAUGCGCCCCCACGACGCGCUGUGUUUGGGACAGUGGCACGCACACGCACAAGACAAACGCGCAAAAGUUGGACUUUCUUUUUCAUUUCUUCUAUUCUUUGCUUGACCUGAACAGCGGAAUCCAAACAGAGCAAAAUGAUGACCAAGCCAUUUAGAAAGAGCGGCGAUAUGAGUGAGCUGGUGAGCUCCCUCACCUGGCUGGAGGAAGACGGCAGCUCGCAGGAUGGCGAGGAAAGCCCCGAAAUGAGGGGGCACCACGUCCUGAUGGAGGCGGGCAGACACUCCUGCUCCGAGCUGGGCAGUGAGGACAUGGAAGAGGAAGAGGAGGAGGAGGAGGAGGUGAGCGGGCCGAAUGGAGAAAUGGCUCCCAAAAGGAGGGGCCCCAAGAAGAAGAAGAUGACCAAAGCUCGCCAGGAGAGGUUCCGCGCCCGCCGCAUGAAGGCCAACGCCAGGGAACGCUCACGCAUGCACGGGCUGAACGACGCACUGGACAAUUUGCGCCGAGUGAUGCCCUGCUACUCCAAAACACAGAAGCUGUCCAAGAUCGAAACGUUGCGGCUGGCCCGCAACUACAUCUGGGCGCUGUCGGAGGUGUUGGAGAACGGCCAGUCUCCAGAGAGCCACGGCUUCAUGGAGAUGUUGUGUAAGGGCCUGUCACAGCCCACCAGCAACCUGGUGGCCGGCUGCCUGCAGCUGGGACCCGCGCCGCUACUCAUCAACAAGCUGGAGGACAAGUGUGGAGGCCCUGGGUUGGGCGGUGUGGGGGGUCAGGUCGGCCAUGCCCUCAGCUACCCGUCCCCGGGGCUCCCCAGCCCCCCUUACGGCUCCCUGGAGGCAUCCCACCUCCUCCACAUGAAGGGAUUCAAGGCGGGCCAGGCGUUUGACAACUCCUCCCCUAACGAGUGCAACAGCGGCACCCCGCCGUACGACGGGCCCCUCACGCCCCCCCUCAGCAUCAGCGGCAACUUUGCCCUGAAGCAGGAGCCUUCGCCCCAAGACUCCGAGAGGAACUACACCAGCCACACGGGCCACCACGCCCAUUACCUGCCAUCCCAGCAUUACACCGCAUCCACAAGUGCCGGCCUACCUGGUGGGCAUCAGGGCCACCCACUCUUUCAGGCGUCCCGUUAUGAGCUGCCCCUGGACGUGGCCUUUGACUCCUUCACUUCCUCUCAUCUGCUGGCCUCUCAGAUGGGUGCCAUGUAAAAAGACCCAAGCGGACCAAAGCUGUGAAGGCAGUGGCCCUCCAUGGCCUUCACUGACUGUAUAAAGCAGGGAUGGGCAAUUUCAGUGCUGGUCGGGGCCACAAUUUUUCAUCAGUGCUACUGUUGAGGCUUAAGACCGCGCACUUCCUAACCCGGUGUAUGACAAAAAAAAAAAAAAAAAACAAUUUUAAAUAUGGCGAUGUGCAAAUUAUGUGCUCUUAAUUCAUUGCAUUUUUCAUAAGAGGUUUGUUAAAGCAUCUCUCCUCACUCAACAACAAAGGGUUCAAAGCAAACAACAUAAUAACCACAAACGUAACUUUUUCCUCAGUUCAAAGGGCACUCAUGUAUAAAAAUGAACAUUCGAGGAUGUCAAAAAAACUGCAGAACAAGUGACCAAUAUGAAGCAAAAGAACUAAUUU